AUGGAUUUGAAAUUACGCAAAGAUGCAUAUAUUUGCCCGCAAAUACCAGUUGCGACACAUCUAACAUGUCCCGCAUCAGCGGUAAUAAUGGGAACAUCGCAAUGUAACGAAAAUUAUUUUAUUGUUGGCAAAGUAAAUGGCGAUGUUAUUUUUUUCGGCGAAUUCAGGCAACUUGCUUAUUAUUACAGUCCAGUUGAAAGUCCAAUAACUGCAAUUGCCUGCGGUAAAUUAACACAAUCCUUUGAUGAAGUUAUAUCGAUAUCAGCGGAUGGCCUUUUACAGUCGAUUCAUUUUCCUUUUCCCAAUGGUCCUCCAAGUUCUCCAUAUUUGCUAUUCGAUCAACUGUUAAAUGCAAACAUUUGUGCAGCUAGGAUUGAUGACAUUGAUGGCGAUGGAAUCAAUGAAUUGCUUGUUGUUAUGACGGAUCGUGUCGUUCGAAGCUACAGAUAUGUUGAUACUCGUCUACAGUCUCUUAACAAAUGGGAACUUCCGGCACAAAUACGAGGUUUAUCACUUGGACGAACAUCAAAUGGACGAUUUUAUGCUUUAUUAGCACAAGCAAUGCAAAAUUAUGCUGUACGUAUCGAUUUUGUGGAAAAUAAUUGCAUAACAAUACCGCAGAUAGUUGCUGAUGAACGCAAUUGUUCGAUUGACGUGCCUUUCAAUCCAGUUUGUGUGAAUUUAAUUAAUUCGUUGUGCAGGAAACUUCUCGUUGUUGAUGAAGAUUGCAAAAACGAUUAUGAACUCAAAAAUAUUGGUGGUCUUAUUGUUGCCACAUCAGUUGUUAUAUUAAAAAGUGGUAUUCGAUUAAUUGUAACUUCUGAUACUCGUGGGAAUCUUUUAAUUUAUGGUUGGACCGAUGAUAAGGUAAAGGUGGAUCACAUGGCUGCAAUAGAAAGUGUCGAGCAAAACGCAUUUUUAGUGGGAGUAUCAACACUUCAUUCAACUGUGGCAAUAUAUCGCAUAACCCUUACUUCUUUGUUUCAGACAAAUCUCGAUAUACCUCGUCCUUAA